AUGGCCCCCACGGCGCUGGCGAUCCUCAUUGGCGCAGGCCCAGCAACUGGAGCUGGAAUUGCGAGGAUCCUGUCGAGUCCGUCGCAUGGCAACAUGGCCGUCGCCCUGCUCGCACGACGAGCCGGACCAUUGGACGAGUUGAUCCAAUCUCUCAAGUUGGAACAACCGGAAGCAGUGCUCGAAGCCUUUCCAACGGACACAUCGCCCGACAACCUCCGGAAGGCGUUCGCCGAUAUCCAGGCCCAUGCGUCUUUCAAGGACCUCAAGCUGCGAGUGGCCAUCUUCUCCAUCAAGAACUCCUCCAAGAAGCCGUUCCUCUCCGAAACCUAUGAGGAAUUCAUGGCGCCGUUGGAGAGCUAUGUAGGAGGAGCCAUGGUGUUCUCCCAAGAGGCCAUCAAACGAAUGCUCGCCGACCACGGCGAAAAGACCCUUGCCGAGGGCGCCGAGAAGAAGGGCACUCUGAUCUUCACAGGCACGCUCGGCGCCCUCCGAUGCAACGCUGAAUUUGGAAGCUACGGCGCAUCUCGAGGGAGUGUCCGCCAAUUGGCGCAGGCGUUGGCGAAGGAGAUGAGCCCGAAGGGCAUCCAUGUGGCGCAUGCCAUUGCGAACGGACGUAUCACGGAUGCGGACAACGACGAGACCAAGAGCGGCAAGCACAUCGCUGCUGACGCCGUGGGAAAGACCUACCUCUGGCUCAGCCAACAGGAUCCGACAUUGUGGACGCACGAGCUCGACCUGCGACCUGCGCAGGAGAAGUUUUGA